UUACUUAGCAGUGGAUAUCCGCGUCCGCUCACGUGUUGGUUUAAUUAGUCCAGCCAAUGACAAGUGGUGAUCCUGUUGCUAAUUCAAGAUGGCGGCGACCGUGUCCGUUACUUCGCCGGCGAGCGAGUUGAGGGAAAAGGGUGAAAAUGAAGGAAGUAACCGAGGAGAAGAGGAGGAAGGCGGUUUCCCAGAGGAUGAGCAGUGGUCCAGUGCGGACCCGGAGGUCGACGGAGAGAAAGUGGGCGGCUCGGAAGGCGGGGAGGCCACGACGCGUCGGCGGACUCCUGAGGAGACGCUGGUCGAGCUGGAGGCCGAGGAGAAGCAGCAGAGGCUGGAGCGGACCCGCCGCGAGUUCCGGAACCGGCGUAAGAUCAUCAUCAGGAACCUGCCGCUGGACAUCAUCACCCAGGAAGUCUAUGAUCUGCUCAGUGAGUAUGAUUUAAAAUACUGCUUCGUGGACAAGUACAAAGGCACAGCUUUUGUCACAUUAUUAAACAGGGACCAAGCAAACUCUGCCAUAGAGAAACUUCACCAGUCAAUAUUACGAGACCGAGAGAUUUCAGUUCGGUUGCAGCCCACGGAUGCACUGCUCUGCAUUGCAAAUCUCCCACGCUCCUUCAGUCAGCAGCAAUUUGAAGAGCUGGUGCGGCCUUUUGGGAAUCUGGAACGAUGCUUUCUUGUGUACAGUGAGGUCUCUGGGCACUCGAAAGGGUAUGGUUUUGUGGAAUACAUGAAGAAGGACUCUGCUGCCCGUGCUAAAUCGGAGCUCCUUGGAAAACAGCUGGGUACACGGACCCUCUACGUUCACUGGACAGAUGUAAAUCAACUGACUCUUGAUCUCAUGCAUUCUAAGUGCCUGUGUGUGGACAAGCUACCACAUGAUUAUAAAGACCUGCAAGAAAUCACUGAAAUCUUCAGUGAUGUCUAUCAGCCAACCUAUUGUCAGCUGGCUCAAGGACCUGAUGGGCAAUUCCGAGGCUUUGCGAUUGUGGAAUAUGAAACUGCAGAUAUAGCAGAGGAAAUACAACAGGAAUUAGAUGGGAUUUGCAUUGGCGGGAACCAUGUUCGGGUUUCAUUUUGUGCACCUGGACCCCCUGGACGGAGCAUGCUUCCGGCCUUGAUAGCGGCUCAAGCUAUGGCAAUGAACCGUGGGAAAGGUCUUCUCCCAGAGCCUAAUCCUAUGCAGAUUCUGAACAGCCUCAAUAAUCCAGCAACACUGCAGCUUCUCUUAAACCCAUUACUCCAUGGAGGAGCUGGUGGGCAGCAAGGACUUCUGGGAGCUGCUCCUUCAAUGGCUUUGUUGGGGAAUCCUGGUUUAAGUGCUGCCCUCCUGCAGCUUAUUUUACAGAGCCAAAAUCCAGCACAAGUCCAGAAGCCUGGGAUUCUGGGUGAAUCUCCUCUUGCAGCUUUGCAGCAAAACCCAGUAGGACUUGGAGGUCCACCACAACCAGGAAAAGGACUUUUAGGGAAAUCACCCUCAGGACUGAAUUCUGAAAGAGGACACCUGAAUCCACCAAUGAUGCCAAUGGGAUCAUUGCCAAACCAACAAUAUCAUGGACAAAGGCCAUCCGACAUGCUCGGUAUGAUGGAUAAUCCAUCUCAUUCUCGGCAGGUCUCCUCUCCUCCAGCUUCUUUGCAAGGACUCCCCACAUCCAUCCUGGGUUCUGUGCUCAGUGAUUUGAAGAAACAGAGGAACCAGAACAUGUCUCAAGACACUGGCUUGGCUACACCAGGGCCAUCUCUGCUGGGUGAGCCACCAAAAGAUCUGCGGGUACCUCAAAAUCCAUACCUCAAUAUGCGAAGUGUGUUCCCUACUAAUGUGUCUGGUAAGGAACAGGCUGCCAACUCCAGCAGUUCAAUGUCCUAUGGACACAGUACUGGUCUUUUGGGAAACUACCCUAGCUCCAGUUCUAGAAUUCAUCAUGGAUCUGGCAUCGGGGAUUAUCCGGAUUAUCCAGAUUAUCCAGAGACUGGAAGCAAACAGUCAGGUUAUGGCAGUUUGGAAAGUUAUGAUGAUUACCACUCUUACAGAGACUAUGAAGAGGAAAGAGAACUGGAGCAAUACCCACCAUCAAGUGGUCCUAGGUAUCGAGGAUAUGGCCGUGACAGAAAUGAGGAUAGGGAGCUGGAAAGAUACUCGCGAUCCCGCGACUCUGGCCUGGGAGGAGCUCGGCGCUACGGGCGAGAUCGUAGUAGUGAAAGGGAGCUGGAGCGAUAUCAACUUCCACUUGACUCUGGACUUGGAGGGUAUGAAUCUGACCAAAAUCAGCGAUCAACUUCUUGUGGCUACAAUGAUUUGGAAUCUGCUCCACCUCCACUGUACUCCAGCUCCCCGACGUCCUAUUUCAAAAGUGGCUUAAGAGCAGGACUCCGGCAGGGUUACUCCUCCAAGUUAAAUCCACUGCUGAACUCCGGGGCAGGACUCUUGGGAGCUCGGCCCUCCAGCUCCCCACCAGGCUCCCUGCUGAAGACUCCACUCAUUGGUCACAAGCGGGGUGCCUCUCACCUGAUCCCAUCACCUGAGCCCAGUCCAGAGGGAGGCUACAUUGGCCAGCACUCUCAAGGGCUGGGUGGCCACUACGCUGACUCUUACUUGAAGAGGAAGAGAAUAUUUUAGCUGGGAGCCUGGUGUUUCCAUCUAGAAUGAUGCAGUUAUAUUUUGCUUAAGGGUGUAAAUCUUGUAUAGAUAUUUUUAAUCUGUCAGUUUUUUUUCUUAAUGUUUUGGGGGAGGGGCUAUCUUGUAUCUGAAUGUGGGAUAUGCAUAAAGCUCGAACUUGCAGAACUGGCUGAAUCAUGACCCUGCAGCACCAGGAAUGUCAGCCCCAGAAUCACUCAAUGUGGGCUUGCACAUGAGCCGGCUCUUGGUCAGGGAGGGAGGAACGGUGAGGAGCCAGUUGCCAUAUCUGUCUCCCGUCAACAACAGUGUGGUUAAUAUCAGAGUACUUGGGACACAUGAAUGAGGCAGAGGAGUAAAUAGCAUCCAACAGUGCUUCUUGUAUUUGCAUUCUCUCAGCAAAUUUAAAGUUGGAGAACCCAGCAUAUACCUUGCAAUUUGUAACAAACUAACCUCAUUUGAUCCUGCCUCCCUCGGAGUAGCCACAUUGUGUUGGUGCUGCAGCAGAGUGUGCACUUUAUAUGUGAACAUUUUAACCAAGUAUUUUACUCCAGACCCCAGGCUGUCAUUUCCCUUUCAUAAUUUCCAGUGCUAUUUGCUUUUUGUUCCCCAAGAGAUGGGAAUUAUUUUUAUCAGUUACUCCCCUUUUGUUUUAAUGAUCUACAACACAGUUUUGGCUUUGAGGGUUUGUCAUGACUCUGUCUAGUCUGAAUUUCAGUCCUUGUGCAUACCCCUAACAUCUAUGUUUCUUUUGGUGUUUUUCCCUAAUUUUUCGUUUCAAUCUAUGAAUCAACUUUUGCCUUAAUUUAGAAAUUAUUGUUAAUCUAAUUUUUAGGGAAUUAUUUGCAGUGAAAGGGUUACAUGCUCAUCCUUUUACUUUUUUUUAAGAAAGCGAGUGGUAGGCAUGACUUAUUUUUAUCCCUGCCAUUUCAUUUGGCAUAUGUAUUUGUGCCUGUGUUAGUUCCUCAUUAUUACAAGUUUGUUCUGCAAAGACUUCGUUAAAUUCCUGCUGUCUGUUAAUUUGUGGUCCUGUUAUGUUGAGCAUUGCUCUAACGCUUGGGCAGAAACCCUAAACUGGCAAAUAUGGGACCCUAGUGGUUUAAAAAAAAUGUAAAUAUAAUAAGAACCAGCG